GCCCCGAAUUCAAGAAGCAUUAUUCCUCAAUACUUCCAGGGCUAUUGUGCAUAAUAUCCCGAGCACCGAUAUAUCCAUUUCGCUGCCUUUCCUUGCGUCCUCGCCGUCGCAGCCGCCGCCCAACCGUCGCGCCCGCAAACUCCUGCCGAGAGAAUUUUUUGGUCCUGAUCCGAGGAGAGGAGAUGUCGGACAGCGAAGAGCACCAGUUCGAGUCGAAGGCUGACGCCGGCGCUUCCAAGACCUAUCCGCAGCAGGCCGGCACCAUUCGCAAGAACGGCUACAUCGUCAUCAAGAACCGCCCCUGCAAGGUUGUGGAGGUUUCAACAUCAAAAACUGGGAAGCAUGGUCAUGCCAAGUGCCACUUUGUUGCUAUUGACAUCUUCACCAGCAAGAAACUUGAAGAUAUUGUGCCAUCUUCUCACAACUGUGAUGUUCCUCAUGUGAAUCGCACAGAAUACCAGCUCAUUGAUAUAUCUGAGGAUGGAUUUGUGAGUCUGCUGACUGAUAAUGGUAACACCAAAGAUGACCUCAAGCUCCCAACUGAUGAAACCCUCCUUGGCCAGAUCAAGGAUGGGUUUGCUGAGGGGAAGGAUCUGGUGGUGUCUGUCAUGUCUGCUAUGGGAGAAGAGCAGAUUAAUGCGCUCAAGGACAUUGGCCCCAAGUAAUCUGUCGUGUUAGCACUAUUUUCUCGGGCGUGGUUCAUUGGUAUCUGUCGGUUAAGAUGGAUUUGGGUGUCUCAGCCAUUGAGGAAUUGUGCCUUUUUGCAAAACUAAGUUGUCAGUGUUUAGUUGAUUUGUAGUCCUAAAUUCAUGGGUUUAUUGACCCCUCUUGACUAUUGGUGUUGUUGGUGUCUCAGUGUGGAGGUAAAUUGUGCUCAAGAUGAAAAAGAAAAACUUGCCAUUCUACCCUA